AUGACUGCUGUAACAUUGCACUCUAGGAUAUCCAGAGACAACUUUGGUUGCAUCUGGUCUAUUGGUAAUGCAACCAAGAACAAAGACAUGAUUAAACUUUGUGUUCCUGUGAUUGCUGCCCACUUCGACAGCAUUGACUCCAUACAGCCGAAUUUCUAUGCUUCGACUGAUCUGGCAAUUCUGGCUACGGUGCUGACAGAUAGUCGAUUAGGUGAUGUGAUGGAGGACUCGAAGUUGCUAGCAGUUGCAAAGUGGUUCGAAGCUCGAAGCACUGCAACAGAAGAAGAGGGAGAAGAGAAUGGAAAAACCACUGUUGACAUCUUUAUGGACCUCGUUGCCGCAAUCGGUCUUGGGAAGAUUACAGGACUGUCAAAGGACUGCCUGACGGCUUUCAUAAGAGAAGAAAACAAUUUAUCAAUCGUUACAUUUGAGCAAAUGGCAGGAGUUCCACGGAUAGACGCAAGCCUUCGUUGCAGUGUGUCGGCACGUUGCGGUUGUGCAGUUGUGGCUUUGAAUGGCAGCAUUUACUUGAUUGGUGGCGAUGACGAGACUGGCGUGGCGACCAACGAGGUUGACACAGUGAAUGCCUUCGACGGUCGUGUCUCCAGUGUAGCGGCGAUGACGCAGGCACGCUGGAAGUGUUCUGCUGCAGCGAACGGUCAACACCUCUUUGUAUUCGGUGGAUUCGAAAAAGGAAGUGGAGCAUUGACUUCAUGCGAGAAAUUCGACCCUGCAACGAACAGGCAAGUUUGCCCUACUUUACUUAAGGAAGCAGACUCGGCUGUUCGCGAGGUUCGUUUCUACCCGAAAAACGCAUAUUUUUGUGUGACACGUUGGUACAUGGAAGAAAUUAACCACGCCGAUCUGUGUCUGCAAGUGGCCACCGUUGUGCAUGAGUAUUCGUGA